AUGCUUUCGAUUUUAUAUUCACUGAGUGUAUUGAUACAGACUUAUAUUAAUUGGAUGAUCCAUUAUAUGAAUUUUUAUGCAAAUAUUGAUAAAAAAACUUUUAGAUUGGCAAUCAAAGAACUUAUUACUGAAAAUUAAAUUAAAAGAAAUUCAGAAAAAAAGAAACCAAGAAAAAUUGUGAUUUUUGUCACUCAGUAAAUCUAAUUUGAUAUUUAAUGUUACAAAAUAGGCAUUUCAAACGAAGGUGAAUUAAAAGAUCAAGGCUAAUAUUAAGAUAUUAAAUCUAGUUUAUAUAUGACCAAUGAAGAGUUAGCAUAAAAAAUAAAUUAAUAAAUUUAAUAAAAAAAAGAAAGCAACCAUGUGAAUUAGAAAUUCUUCGAAAAUAAAAACCUAAAAUUUUGUUGCUAAUAACUUAGUUUGUAAAAUAAUAAUAGUAGAACUAUAAGAACGUAUUUAAAAUACUAACAAUUUUCGAAUGUAAGAGUAAUUCUUUUUGUUCCUCUUUUAGAAGCUGGAUCUGCAGUUCUAAUAAAUUACUAUUAAAGAAUUGUUUCAAUUUUUUAUGAGCAUCAAUAAGAAAAUGAUAUUGAUACUGUAUAAUAUAUCUAAGGAAUGCUUAGUUUAUGAGAAUUUCAUAUAAUCAAAUAAAGUAUUCUUUUGAAUACAUAUUACAUAUUCAGUAUAAAAUUCUUCUCAGAGGAUAAAUUAAGAAAUUAUAAAUUUUUAAAUAUUGUCACCAGCUUCAUAUUUUGAUGAAAAUCAUCUGGAAGAAUUCUCAAUAAUUUUUUCUAAUAAUCUAUCUUUAUUUGAUAGUCAAAAAACUGAGUUAGCUUGGAUGUAUUAGAAAUAAUAGGCAAUUUCUUAUUUGCUCUAAUAAAAAUUUUGA